AUUUAGGCACGACCGUGUUUUGGCCGACGCGCGUGAGCGUGUUUUUAACACGGGGCAAAACACGGGCGGUCAAAAGCAAAGCACGACCGUGCCCUCGACCGUGUUUUGCCCAGAAUCAGGUUUUUUAACGCAAAUUCGAGCCAAAGGUGAGGGAGAGCUGGGUUUUGGAUCCCAAACACCCAAGGGACGAACCAAAGAGAGAGAGGGCGAUUUGAGGGCAUUUUUGGAGUGGAAUUGGAGGAUUUCUUUGCCUUGGAAGCUCGAGGAACAAGCCCAGACUUGAAGACUGAUCAUCUGAAGAUUCUUACUGCAGCCUCUCUCUUCUCUAUGGAGUAACUUCCCUUCACUUAGGUUUUGAGGAACCCUAGCUAUGUUUGUUUGAUUGGAUGAUUGUAUGAGUACUCUGACUUGAUAAUCUUGAGUUCAUAUUCAAUCUAUGCAUGUUUUCAUGAUUCAAUUCUGCUUUAGUCGAGAUUAUUGAUUCUGCUUUGAUCCUAUGAGAGCGAAUACCUGAUUAGGUCAAUAGAGCACCAUAGAUUGAUAGUAUUGGAUCGAUUGCUUUAGUCGAGGGUUGGUUCACUGCUUUGUAUCGAUUGAGAACCUCAUUCGAUAGAGGGAAUCUAGUUUAUAACGCCUUGAUCGGUUGUUCUAGAGAAGGAUACGUCCCUCUAGGCAAUUGACUCAAGAGGGCCUUGUUCCUUUAGUCGAGACUCAAGGUCUAGUCAAGGAUUCUCCUCAUUGUGAAUGAAAGUGAAACAAGUUAGAAAUCAUCAAUCGUUAGUCUGGCUAGUGGCUAGGGGGAAUCAUACCUAAGUGAGUUCCCAACCUGUAAUUAGAUUAACUUUAACUGUAGUUUGCUAGAGUAGUUUUAGUUCUUUCAUCUUAAUUUGGUUUGCUAAAUAAUAAACUGAAGCUGAGUAAUAGUAACUCUAGAGACCCGUGGAUUCGAUAUUUAUCACUUGAGCCACUAUACUGCAGUCCCUUCCAUUGGUUACACUUGGCCAUUGUUAGGUGUUGUGUCGUAGCGAGUCAUUAAGCCAAAUUGUCAUUCACCAAGUUCAAAUUUAAGGAUAGUUAUACUGCGGGAGGUUCUUAAAUAGUCUGCAGUCUCGACUAAAGGUCUCCAGACCCUCUCAAUCUGAGUCCCCAGUGGGCGACUAACCUCCACCGCAGUAAACAGAUUGAGGCCCUAACGAACAAAACCUCCUCUACUAGAGUAAAUCCAGUACAGAAUAGUGUGACUCCUCGACUAAAGUCGUCAAUUCACUACCUUCAAUCAAGGGUACUCUAUCAACCUAGGCAGAUAUUAUCUUUCUAGGUCAAAGCAGAAACAACGGGAAUGUGAUCAGGAUUCAUGCAAUUCGUCAAAUCAAACCUCAAUUGAAUAUAAUCAAACCAAUGGAUUCAUACUUGGGUUCAUGCAAUCAGACCUAACAUACAAAUCUAGGGUUCUCCAUACCCAGAUGAAUGAGGAAGUUACUCCAUGGAGAGAGAAGCAGAAACUAGCUCAGAUGCAGAAAUCAUGCUGUGAAGGAUGGGUUUCUACUUCUGGUCAUCAAUCGGCACUUCUCCAAGUGUUAGCCGAGCUCCAAUGGUGAUGAAGAUCAAUCUAAAGCACUUGGGAACUCUGGUUUGUCGCUUUCUCUCUCUAGGUAUGACUUUCUUUCUCCAAAACUCGGAACCCUUGUAAAAUUGGCCCUUUUUCCCCCUCAAAAGGGAGCAGAUCACGAUCCCCGGUCAUAAUACCCAGUCGGGUAUUUCAGCUUCCCGAACGGGUAUUUUGAAACGCAGCGCAGUGGGGAAGGAGAAAUACCCAAUCGAGGUUCAGAAUACCCGAUCGGGUAUUUUAGCUAUCCGGCCGGGACCCUUUCUGGGAUUUUGGCGUCCAAAACGUGUAUCCCCGACCUCUCCUUGCCUUUUACCCGGUCGGGUAUUUUCACUCCUAGCCGGGUAUUUUGCUCCUCUAGCUCCCUUUUACUCCAACGGUCCCCUUUUCGCCCGAAACUCGAUUCCUCGCCUCCAAGUCAACGCUAAGUCCUGAAAUGUGACAUAAACACACAACCUAGCGUGAAAUCGGCUUAAAACACGAGAAUCAACAUCUCAAAAGGCUCAAGAAUAGGGGUAUAAACAUGUAUAAUUAUUGGUCUAUCAAAUUCCCCCACACUUAACCGUUUGCUUGUCCCCAAGCAAACCUAACUCAAACCAAUGCAGCUCUCUAGACCUCUAUAGCAACAAACAACCUCGAUCGUCGAUAGAGGAUGUUCUAGAUCAUUUAGCAACUUACGAGGUCAACCAACACACAAGUCAUCUCCUAACUUCUUCGGCGAGAAUGCUAGUCUCGAGUCGGCACCAUGGCAAAUAGUGAUCAGAGGACAAAUGAGUCGUGGACAAAAGAAUUCUCAAAAAGAAAAGAUCAUGGACUCACAUUUCUCAAGGUGCUCUUGCUUCUUUUUGAAGAUGGUUGGAACCCUUUUUUUUCUUCAUUUUUUUUAUUGUUGUUUUUUUCUCUUUUUUUCAAGGGUUCCAACCCGAUUUUCAGAAAAUGGGGCUCCCACCUUGCAAAGGUUUUGCGGGAACCCGGCUCUUACCGGCCAUGCCGAGAUCAGCUCUUACUGGCCAUGCCGAGAGCGGAUGUCUCGAGCCUCAUGCGUGGGAAAGGAAUGUGACUCGCUCUUUCUGUCACUCUAGAAAUUGGCCAAGUGAAACCACUUCUUAAAGCGUAGUAUAGCGGGUUUGGGUUUAAUUAUCAACCCGGGUCCUAGAUUUGAUGACUACUCAGUGAAUUCUUGUUAUCUAGCAAUGAAACUUUAAUGCAAGUCUAAACUAACAAACUAACAAAGCAAGUAAACUGUUGUAUUCAGGUUAAGAGAGGUCACCCGGAUAUGGUUCCCCCUAGACUGCAGUUAAGCCGGAUUGUAAUUACCAAGUUCAGUUUCUAUGAUAGUUAUACUGCGGAAGGUUCUCAAACAGCCUGAAGUCUCGACUAAAGGUCUUCAGACCCUCUCAAUCUGAGUCUCUAGCGGGCGACUAACCUCCACCGGAGUAAACAGAUUGAGGCCUUAACAAACAAAACCUCCACUACCGGAGUAAAUCCGGUACAGAAUAGUGAGUUGGCUUCUCGACUAAAGUCACCAACUCCCUAACUUCAAUCAAGGAUGCUCUAUCAACCUAGGCAGAUAUUCUCAUUCUAGGUUAAAGCAGAAACAACAGGAAUUUGAUCAGGAUUCAUACCAUUCAAUCAUUCAAACCUCAAUUGAACAUGAUCAAAUCAUAGAAUCAGUACUUGGGUUCAUACAAUCAAACCUAACAUACAAAUCUAGGGUUCUCCAUACCCAGAUGAAUGGGAGAACUACUCCAUGGAGAAAGAAGCAAAAGCAGAAUCAGACGCGGAAUUCAUACUGUGAAGGAUGGAUUCCUGCUCCUGGACGUUGAUCGGCACUUCUCCAAGCUCAAAAUGGCCUCCAAUGGUGAUGAAGAUCAAGCUAGGGCACUUGGAGACUCUUGUUCGUCGCUUUCUCUCUCUAGGAAUCGAUCUAUCUCUCUAAAACUCGAAUCCCCUUCUGUUUUGGUUGAAAUCUACUUAAAAGGGCAUCAGUGGCCAAAGCACGGUCGAGGGCACUGCCGUGUAAUGCCUCAGCCCGCCCGUGCUUUGGCUAGGGUUAAUUACAUGGCCACUGUGUUGGGAGAAACACGGGCGUGGUUGAUGAUGGACACGGCCGUGCUUUGGUGGACACGGCUGUGCUUUCAGCCCGUGUUUUUAGCCAAUAUUUUCCCAACUCGAAUUUGCUCUCGGCAGUAAAAGCACGGCCACAGAACACGGCCGUGUUCUGUUUUAGGUCUGCCCGUGUUUUGGCUCCAGCUUGACGAAAUGACUUCCGAAUGCCCCGAAACUCGUGCUUAGCUUUUCCUUUGACGCCUGGGACCUGAAAUAUGACAAAAUAGCACAACCCGGCGUAAAAUAGGCCAAAAAUACACGACUAUGCCCCUCAAACGGAUAAGAACUAGGGGCGCAAAUAUGUGCAAUUACAUCGUUAUCAAAUUCCCCCACACUUAAUCGUUUGCUUGUCCCCAAGCAAACCAAGUCAGACACAAGGUAAGCUCAAAACGUGGCAUGUCGUAUCGGAACAAAACACGUGGAUCAUACUGGCUUUCGAUCAUUAACACAUGGACAACCUCAAUGACAACCUAGAGAACCACCACAGAUGACAUUCGAAUGCAGUAAAAUCGAGCAAAGGAAGAGUCUCCCUUCUGUUCACCAACCAACAUAGACCUGACUCAACCACUUAUUCAAAACAGUCACUUCAUGCACAAAGUUCAAGAUAUCAGAAUUAAGACCGAGCAAUCUAGGUCCUCACCGGGAUAAAGAGUAUAGAGAAGAAGAGAAAAUGAAUCGCUCACGCUCGACCAGUGGGGUCAGGACAAUAUGAUGCGAAAAAUGCGCAUGCUUAAUCUCUCAAUCCCUAACAUCUCUUCAUCAUGAAUGCAGCCUCUAAGUGCUAGAGUUCACAUAUGGGGUGUCACCACUAACUAAUCCGGAGGUCUUAGACACAGGUUCAGAUGACUGGCUAGGGUCUUGGACAUGGGGAAAAGGCCUUUUAGGUGGUGGAAGUAUUCAUACAGCACAAGGUUCCACAUUUCCAAACCCAACAGACUCGCAGUCAAUCAAGCAAAAACUUUCUUUCUGCUAUUCUGCAUUACUCAAGUUCAGAGCACAAGAGCGAAGUAGGUAUCAUAAAUGCUAGUAUUUCUAAGCCAGCCUGCUAAGAAACACUACUACAUGGGCAUUAUUCAGAUUUUUGGUGGUGGCACUCUUUUGCUUUCUUUUUUCCUUUGUUUUUCUUUCAUUGUUUUUCAUUUCUUAAGAAAACCACCACCUCUGCACAAUUUCAAACACCUGCCCAACUUUUAAGCACUACCUCCAACCCUCACAUUACAUUUAGCAGAAACAGCAGAGAACAUGUAAAAAUCACUCUGUGGAACCUUUUAAAAGAUGCAAAAGGGUGACUUUUCAUUGAAGACCGAAAGAAAGGAAAACACACGGCUCAAAGGGGCUGACUAGGGGUAUGACACACUAGGGCAGUCAAUUUGGUCGUGGGCUAAUCCUAUGCCUCCAUCAUCUUAGCUAAUGACAACGUGAAUGCUGCACAUCAUGGAAGAGGAAACUAUCGCACAAGAAAGAAACGAGCAGGCUCAAAUCUCACAUGGCUACCUAUAUGCUCUAUCUCUCGUUCUGAUUCCCUGAACUAGAUGCAUAAAUGACUGUCAAAAGCAAGUGAUCAAACCAAGUCACAUUUGGUGAGUAGACAGUUGAAAAACUGAACCCCUACACAAUUCUACUGUACAUCUCAGUCAUCACAAUAAGUUGUCUAAGUCACA